AUGUCGUCGCCACAGCAGUACCAUCAUAGCUCGUUAUCGAGCGGUCGUGCCGUUUCGCCGUCACUCGACGCUCGUCCUCCUCUGGAUGCCAACGGCGGCAACUCUUCCGGCGACCAUCAGCUCCAGCAGGAUCUCGAUGCCGCCAGGCAGAUGAGCAAGGCGCGCAGCGGCCAGGAUCCCAGUCCGCCCAGAGCUAGCUUCUCAGACGAUCAGGCAGAGCCGUACUUCUACGAAGGUCUUAACAAAAGUCCCGUCGCCGUUCCUGUUCGUACUGCAGCCCCGCCAUCUUCAGCCGCCGCUGCGCGCUUCUAUCAACACAACCGCAGCGGCUCCAACACCAGCCUUGACAGCCAGCACCACUUUAUCGAUCAUCGUCACCAAGCUCAUUCGCUUAGCAAUGUUCAUUCUCCCUCCGCCCUCCGUGGUCGCUCGGCUCUCUCCCGCACUCCCAUGCGCAGUCCCAACACUUACUUCCCCUCCAGCAGAACGAACGAGCACACUCUCAUCGAUGACAAAGACGACGCGAUCGACGGCGAUGCUUCGCACGCCUCUCGUGGCCUUGACAACAUGCGACGUUCCAGCCAUCAAUCUCACCUCUCUUCUCCAGCCUACGAUCGACACGACGAUGAUCCCACACGUCCUUCUCGCCUUCGACGCGAUUCUACCGUCGAGGACGACGUCUGUUUCCCCAUGCACGAUACACACACAUCCGAAGGUCGUCCUCACGAAACCCACCCUGAGCACUUGCUUGACGAGGUUCGAGACGCCUACCACCCCCGCGCCGACAGCAGCCAUGUACCGCUCGGCUAUCCUUUCACCUUUGAUCUGAAUGCACUCGAAGAGUUUGCAUCGGAAGAACGCGACCGCGUCGGCAUGUCUUCGUCCUGGAACGCUGCCAGUCCACCCGGCCAAACUGGCCUUCGUCAGCGAGGCGUUGCGCCCCAAAAGGGUUCCGGAGCCGCUUACGGUGUUUCGCCCGACAGCGACGAUGCCACUUUCUAUUCGCGUCGUCCUCGAAAGCUGAGCACCUCGGCAGGUGCCUUUGGCAGCAGCAAGUAUCAACGCAAGCUUGCCCUUUUCGAAGGCGGCGGAAGCGCUCCUCCACCCGUUGCCGGCGCUGCCGCUUCUUCCAGCAUCAUGGGCGGUGGCACUGCCGAUGCAAAGAGGUCCAUGGACGUCAACACCCCGCUCCUGGACAACGACAUGCUUCCUUCCUACCACGGCGUCAAUGGUUCUCGCAUGCACCUGUCCCAGUCACAGAGUGGCUUGAGCCCUGUUACCCCCGGCGGAGGGGCCAUGGGACGCGCGCGAUCGCAUACUGGCGCGCUCAGCAACCGCGGCGAAAAACCUUAUCGCUUUGCCUUUUACUCAAAUGCACUGCCAUCUACCAUCCAUGCUCGCCACCUCUCUGAGCUGCCUGCAGACGGCCAGACCUUCGAAGAGCUCUUCAGCGGUCGCGAAAAGGCGGCAGACAUCUCCCCUCUCACCGAGGGGAGCCAGAGUCGCAAUGCAAGCCGCGCACCCACCAUCAAUGCGGCUACUGCACGCAUGUCGUCGCUCGGUCAGGCACUUGGCCGCAUGGAAGGAAACACUGCACCUCCUACCGGAUCCAACACCCCGACUCUUGCGGGCGACGUCAUGGGUGGUCUCAGUGCCACGCGUACCAAGGCGCUCCCCGGUGGCGGUAUACGCAUGGAUCCCGAUCCAGAAGCCAACACCUGGUGGCUCGAUGUCCUCUCGCCCACCGAUCAGGAGAUGAAAUUGCUCAGCCGCGUCUUUGGCAUCCACCCUCUCACCACCGAAGAUAUCCUCAUGGAAGAGACGCGAGAAAAAAUCGAGCUCUUCCGCAACUAUUACCUUGUAUGUUUCCGCUCCUUCGAUCAGGAUCCCUACAGCCCAACUUAUCUGGAACCGCUCAACAUGUACAUCAUUGUCUUCCGUGAAGGUACCCUCUCGUUUCACUUCCGCGGAACACCACACCCUCAAAACGUGCGUCGUCGUAUCAAGCAGCUCAAAGAUUACAUCAACGUAACCUCGGACUGGAUCUCGUACGCGCUCAUCGACGACAUCACCGACGCCUUCGGACCGCUCAUCCAGAGCAUCGAGUACGAGGUAGACUCGAUCGAUGAGCUCGUACUCAUUCUCAAGGAGGCAGAACAGUCUGACAUGCUCAGGCGGAUCGGCACGUGUCGUAAAAAGGUCAUGGGUCUGCUCCGACUCAUGGGCAACAAAGCGGAUGUAGUCAAAGGUCUUGCUAAGCGAUGCAACGAAAACUGGUCGGUCGCACCGAAAUCCGACAUUGGUCUCUACCUCUCCGACAUCCAAGACCACUUGAUCACCAUGACGCAGAACUUGAAUCACUACGAAAAGAUUCUCUCGCGUUCGCACUCGAAUUACCUUGCCCAGAUUUCCAUCGAGAUGACCGACGCCAACAACCAGAUCAACGACGUCCUGUCCAAGCUUACAGCCUUGGGUACGGUGAUUGUCCCCAUGAACGUCAUCACCGGUCUGUGGGGUAUGAACGUCAAUGUUCCUGGUGAAGGCGUCGAAAAUCUAAGGUGGUUUGCUGGAAUUUGUUCCGUAAUGGUGGUAAUCGCUGUUUCCGGCUAUAUUGCUGCUACGAGGUAUCUGGAGCGUUCGCAUUGA